GGAGGUGAGCAAAGAGUAAAAAUCAGAGACAUACAUUAUCAAGUCUUUAAUAAGCACCGCGCGCAAGAUACAUCUGACGAUGAAUCCUCCGGAGACAACGGUCACAAGGGAAAAGAUCAUUUUCACGACGGAAACACGGAAACAAAAGGCGAGUUUGGUUUCAUUACGGAAGAAGAUGAAGCUGAAUUCCCCGAAGACAUUGAAGAGGCGGCGUUUUCUGGCAGGCAAAGCAACAAUCAAGAACGAUUAAGAGUUUUGCACGCUCAUCGGGGAGAGAAGCACGUGAUUAGACCACGUGAUUAUACGGAAGAUACGGAAGAGGGCGACGAAGUUUCAGGAACUGGAGACAGUGAAAGUAAGAAUGUUGAUAAAAAACGCGAUUUACAUUUGCCUCACAGUACAAACAUUGAAGGAAACAAAUCAAAGAAGCGU